AAUCAGUACUAAGCUAUUGAGUUUCACCGAAGAACUGGAGAACGGUUCCUGGAGGAGUGGGCCCUGGCCCAUGAGGCAUUGAAAACGUCGCACCAGACCGGGCAGGAGGCCGACAUCGGGGAGAGAGGCAAACGGCCGCCAGCAAAGUUUGUGUCACACCCGCAGAAAUUGCAGUCCCCGAGGCUGGGAUUGGCUGGCCGCCCCGAACUAUUAACUAACAAAAACCACCUGCCCAGACGUCCAUGCUUCACCUGGCUGGUUUUUGCUGUAGUAUAAUAACGAAACACCCAAGGCCAGAUUCUGAGGAUCUGUUCAUAGCUUCUUUCGAUUUUGUUCUUCCUUCUUUUUUGACUCUUCAGUCUGUCUCCCUUCCUCUCCCUCCCCUCCUCCCCUCCUCUCCUCUCCUCUCCUCCUCUCCCCCUCCUCUUACUUCCCCCCCCACGGUGUCAAUUUCCACUACCAUGUCGUCACCGGACGUGAAGGACAUCGAGUAUGGCUCGGGUGUCCCAUCGGACCCGGAGGCCUGGGAUACCGACCUCAAGGCUCCCGCUGAGGAGCAAGACCCUUUUGGCGCGGAGCAUGGUGAGGUUCAAUAUAAGACCUUGGAUUGGUGGCAAUCUGGCUUCUUGAUGAUUGCCGAGACUGUCUCGCUGGGUGUCCUGUCUCUGCCCUCGACUGUCGCUACUGUCGGCCUCAUUCCUGCGAUCAUCCUCAUUGUCGGCCUGGGCGUGGUGGCCACCUACUCCGGUUAUGUCAUCGGUCAAUUCCGGGCGCGAUAUCCCUUCAUUCACAGCAUGGCCGACGCCGGCGAGGUCCUGAUGGGGAAACCCGGUCGCAUCUUCAUCGAGGUCGCCCAAUUGCUCUUCUUCAUGUUCGCCUCCGGAAGUCACCUGGUCACCUUUACGGUCAUGAUGAACACCCUCACCAACCACGGCACCUGCUCCGUGGUCUUUGGCGUGGUCGGCCUGGUUCUCUCCUUCAUCUGCUCGCUGCCCCGCACCAUGAAGAACGUCUCUUGGUUCGCCAUUGCCUGCUUCAUCAGUAUCUUCUCCGCGGUGCUCAUCACCAUGAUCGGCGUGGGCGUCGAACACCCCCACCCCGAGCCGAUGCAAUUGACGCGCAAGACGAGCUUCGUGAACGGCUUCUCCGUCGUCACCAACAUCGGCUUCGCCUACUGCGGUCACCCGGCCUUCUUCGGAUUCAUCGCCGAGAUGAAGAACCCCAAGGACUUCCCCAAGUCGCUGUGCAUGCUGCAGGCGUUUGAAAUCGUGCUCUACACCGUCGCCUCCGCCGUCAUCUACCGCUACGCCGGCCAGGACGUCAAGUCGCCCGCCCUGGGCUCCGCCGGCCCGGUUGUCCGCAAGGUCGCCUACGGUGUCGCCAUCCCGACCAUCGUCGUCGCGGGUGUGGUCCUGGGCCACGUUGCCAUCAAGAACGUCUACGUCCGACUGUUCCGCGGCACGGAUGUCAUGCACAAGCGCAGUGCCAAGGGAAUCGGCGCCUGGAUCGGUCUGGCUGCUGGAUACUGGAUCAUCGCCUGGAUUAUCGCCGAGGCUAUCCCCGUGUUUAGCAACCUGGUCAGCUUGGUGUGCGCCCUGUUCGCGAGUUGGUUCUCCUUCGGCCUGCCCGGCGUCUUCUGGCUCUACCUCUACUACGGCAACUACUUCUCCUCCUGGCGCAAGACGCUGUUGACCAUGGCCAACGUGGGACUGUUCCUCAUCGGCGCCACGAUCUGCGUCUGCGGUCUGUGGGUGUCGGGCGUGGCCAUCCACGACGACAGCUCCGGCAGCAGUUUCUCCUGCGCGAAUAAUGCGUGAUGUGACACCGCUGCAUGACAUGAUCCAUUGCAUUGUGGCGUUUCUGGGAUUUCCUUUGGGCUGUAUAUAAUCAUACUAUUUAUAGAGUGUAUCAUAGACUAGACUUGUAAUAUACCCUUUGACAUUCUGUCUGACUUUUGGUUCUGAAUGCAAUGCGCUUACAUUGGGAUAACGUCACUGGAAUGCUGGUGCGGUACGGGGUAUGCGACGUCAUCGCC